AUGGCGGCAUCGGGAGGCGGAUUACCAUCUCCCGCUACCGUGGCGGGCUCGAACCUCCAACACCCGGCCCGGGCUCGCUUCCCCGGCCGGCCGUGGGCGACUCGCAGCAGGCUGCGGUCGGAGAAGCGCACCAGACGCGGAAGGCUGGGCUCGGAUGACGGGGAGCUGGCUGUCGGAGGGCCGAGGCCCGUGAACAUCGGGCUCGCGUUGAGCGAGGACCCGUCCCUGCUGCGCCUGCUCGGGGUGGUGGAGAAGCACAGGCGGCAGAAGGAUGCGGGCUUCGAGUCCAGCAGCAGCAGCGAGGAGGAGGAAGAUUUCACUGGAUUUGGGACCUCGCCAGUUUGUCCGAAGAAAACGUCUGGCACCGUUACUCGGUCUUCGCCAUUCAGCCGAGCGAAGUCUUCCCGUGCUUUGGGCCAAUCUCCCGAAACAAAACAUCUCGUGGGAAAAGUUAAACCGAACACCCUAAAACCAGCUCUGAUUGGGAAAAUUGUACCUAGGAUUCACAAAGAAGGCCCGGGUGUCACAGAGAGCCCAGAAGAAAACAAACAAAUACCCAAGAUGAUAAUAAAAGUGCGUAGCAAGCGGUUAGUCCUCCCCACAAAAGCCAAACAUAAAGACGAGCAGGCCUCAGGCCGCCAGAGCAGUACUAGAUCAACUGUCUUGACAAGGAAAGCAGGACAAACAGGCAAGUCGGGCAGAAUGCAAAACAAAACAUCUGGUGACAUCAAGGAGGAAGAUGAGCUUUCAGAACAGUCCCAGCCACACAGCUCUCUGAAACCACUUGGGCACACCAGAGGCACAUCUCAAACAGUUGCUCUGUCAUUUACAUCCAUCCACAGACGGCAGAGGAAGAGGAUUGUUAAGAGUACGGGUGCCUCUCCGGAGGCUGGAGCCGAGGCCGGUGCUCAGAGUGGAGAGGAGGCAGCAAUGCCCCUCGAGUGUAAAGCUGAACAUUCCCCUAAGAAACGAACUCACAGAAGAAAGUCCUUUUGGUGCAAGAGAAAACCACCGCCAACCAUCGGAGCCCCGAAAGUGGGUCGUGCUCGCACUAAGCGUGUUUUUUACACGUAUGUACCAGAGGCCAUUCCAGCCCUACUGACGAAGGACGAGAACAAGGAGCAGCUGAUAGAACAGAACAUCACUCCGUCAGAAGGAGAACAGAACACAGAAGUCCAGCAGAGCUCCAACUCCUCCGCUCCUGUGAUGAGCGCACGGUCCUCUCGAGUUAUUAAAACUCCAAAGAGAUUCUUGGACGAGCAAAUGAUUCCCUUUCCAAAGGGCCCUUUUUCCUCAUUGCUUAAGAGUCAGCAGAGAGAGGACGGAAAACCGAUUGCAUCACCCCAUGAGUCAGGUUAUGAUGGCAACUCGCUGCUGUCAGACAGUGACUCUUUAGCCGUUUACAACAGCCCAUCUGCUCUGAUGAAGUUCUCCUCGAAGCCCAGUUCAGGCACGAGCCACGUAGAGAUUUACAAGAACCUCAAAAAACUGACCUUGAAACUGGCAGAGAAAAAGAGAGGCCAGUGUGACACUCCGGAGGAUCACAUGUAUCACAGCGAAGGCUUGAGCUCUCAUGUCAAGAAGAGGCGGAGGUCAAAGCUGAUGAUGGAAGAGCUGGAGAUGGAUUCUCCUGGUGUUGUGAGGAAACUAGCGGUGGUGGUGAACACUAAUGCGGUGAAGCCCUCUCAAACGCCGUUCGAAGAGAGUGGAAGCAACAAUCAAGCAGGAGGCAUGACGGGGGCGCUUCAGGAGACUUUAGAAGUCAGUGGGCCCAGCCAUCGAAUAGGUCUCAGUGGAGCUAACAAGAGGAUGCUCCACCUGCUGAAGAAAGCCAAAGUCCAGCUCAUCAAGAUUGAUCAGCAGAAGCAGCUCAAGUUGUCUCAGUUGGGCUCCAGAGAAUUGCAGGUGCCACUAAGUGGAAGGAGGAGGCGGAAAGUUGCUACAUCUCCUCCAGAUACUAGUUCUCAGGAGCAGCUGCUGGGUGGUCCGAGGAUCAAACACGUGUGUCGGGCAGCAGCAGUGGCUCUGGGGCAGCCCCGCGCCAUGGUGCCAGAUGAUAUUCCCAGACUGAGCGCUCUGCCUCUGCACGAGAGAGAGGGCAUCACCUUCUCUCCCGCAACAGAAGAUGUGGCAGAUGACGACGAUGACGUCCCUGAUCAGGGCAGGGCUCAGUGGGUGGUCUCACAGGAAAACAUCCAGCGGAGGAGGAUAGGAAGGGGGAGGGGACACAGGUUUAAAAAGAGGAAGAUCAUGAGACGGUUCGGAGGUGUGGGAUCCCGCUCCCGGCGCUGCCAGGGCUGCAAAGGCUGUCUGGUAAAGGAUGACUGUUCCAAGUGCAUGAACUGCCUGGAUAAGCCCAAAUUUGGAGGGCCCAACACCAAGCGGCAGUGCUGCAUAUACAGAAAGUGCGACCAGAUUGAGAAAGCGAGGUUUGAACGUGUUGCCGGACCACUGAAAGGCUCUAUGUCGAGCAGUGACACCGGGAACUGGGAGUUGGGAGGAGAAGGCGAGGCCCCGUCUGCAGUGGCCCCUGGAAUCAGAAAACAUUCCCUGCGUAACAUCACACCUCGCUCCUACAGCAGCCUGCUUAAAUCUGAAUCUGAGGAAGAGGAGGGAAUAGGAGAAGAGGCUGAUGAUAAAUCAACAGUCAAGGCACAUGUUGCUGCUGUGAGCAAACAAGAUCCUGCUACUCAAGACUGGAGAUCAGGGCCGGAUGACCCUGCACCUGAAGUGGUGAGGAAUCGCCGGAUGCUCUCCAGAGGAGUCGUGAGCAGACCCAGAGCGAACAAGGCCGCAACAGACCGUCCACAGAAAUCUCUGCGGUUAUGUUUGCACCGUUUGCCCCAGUCUGUGGCGCAGUCGGCAUUACACAAACCUAUAUCAUCAUCCUCAUUUCAACAACUUCAGUCCACGCAGCACUCAGCUCAGACAGAGCCGUGUUUUCAGGAAAACCCAGAGUCUGAGGUGCAGCACCCACAUGUUUUGACUGAGACAUACAGAACUAACAAAGAUGAAACUGUGGCAGUGCCGUCUCAGACUGUUGAUCCAGACACAGACUUGCAGGAGGGCAAACUGGAUGAGCAGGAGGACGUACGAGGGAAUCCGCCUGAAGAAGAGAACGAGGAGGACGUUCCUGUCAAAGAGACGGCGCCGAAAAACUGUCCAACAAUUGACACGCACUCUGUCCUUCAUUCCCAGAAUUCUGCAGAGUCUGCAUCAGUGAACUCCCUGACGGGGUUAACUAAUGGACUCCCCCAUAAGGGCCUGUUGCAGAAAAAGCACAAGAUCCACGUGGACUUCAAGGAGGACUGUGCUGUUCAGAAUGUAUGGCUCAUGGGCGGCCUCAGCGUCCUCACAUCUGUCCCGACCACACCACAACCCGUCUGUCUGCUCUGCGCCAGUAAAGGACGACAUGAGUUGAUCUUCUGCCAGAUCUGCUGUGAGCCUUUCCACAGUUUCUGUCUCUCACCGGAGGAGCGCCCCCAGGGGGAGAACAAGGAGAACUGGUGCUGCAGGCGCUGCAAAUUUUGUCAUGUUUGUGGGCGCAAAAGCAAGAGCACGAAGCCUGUGUUGCAGUGCAAAAGAUGCCAAACCUCCUACCAUCCUUCCUGCUUGGGACCAACAUACCCUAAACCUAUGAACUGCAGCUUGCCCUGGGUGUGCAUGACGUGCAUUCGGUGUAAAAGCUGCGGUGUGACUCCUGGAAAGUCCUGGGACUUGGCCUGGAACCAUGAUCAGGAUCUGUGCCCUGACUGCACUGGUCUCUACAAGAAAGGUAAUUUCUGUACGGUGUGCCAGAAGUGCGACGAGGACAGCAGCCAACACGCACAGAUGAUUCAGUGUUCAGAGUGCAGCCACUGGAUUCAUUACAAAUGUGAAGGACUUUCGGAGGAGCUGUGUGGUUUGCUGUCGAGCCAAACGGAGGAGAUAGAUUUCACUUGUUCACCUUGUAGCGAGCAGCAGAGUGAACACAGCUGCUUGAAGGAGGAGCUGCAGAUCAGGCUGAUCGCCGGGCUUGAGAUGGUUCUCACUGACCUCCUCUCCCAUGAUGCCACCAAGCACUUACUUAUCUGUAAAGCGUGUCUGGAAACAAACGACUCAGGGUUUUUUAGGGAACUGCGACCAGUCUGUGAUCUGCAAGUGGUGGAGAGGAAGUUUGAAGAGGGAGUGUACACCUCAAUAAAAGCAUUCCACAAGGAUGUCAACUCUGUGAUGAGGAAGUGGCUGAGGGAGGAAGAGCUUUUCCCUGAGGAUCAGAGGCCAACUACACAGGCCAAGGCACACUAUGUUAAAUUGGUGGAGCAGAUUUUCACUUGGCUUCCGUCAUCUAUUCUAAAAAAAUGGAACUCACACUCUGAUGAAUUUCCAAGCGCCAGGCUCCCCGAGGCCGUCCCUCCACCAUCUAAGGAGCACAGCUAUGCACAGUGGCUGGAGAGGACAUACCAGCUCGAGGAGUCCAGGGGCCCACCAGCGGGGAAAUCUGACCCUCUGCUAUCCUCACUCUCUACAAAGCAGGCUGGUGCAACCCGCAGCCUCCCUCUGCAUGGUGUAAAAGGUGACCUGAAAUCCAUCAGGACUGGAGAUGCAAGGCAGUGUGCACUCUGCCAAAAAUAUGGAGACUCUGCUCCUGCUGAUGCAGGACGGCUGUUGUACUUGGGGCAGAAUGAAUGGGCGCACAUUAACUGCUGCCUUUGGUCUGCAGAGGUGUAUGAGGACAACGGUGCUCUUUUGCAAGUGCACACCGCUGUCUCUAGAGGGCGCAGCCUGCGCUGUGAUCGCUGUGGACAGUCGGGAGCGACUGUGGGCUGCUGUCUCGCCACCUGCCAGAGUAAUUUCCAUUUCAUGUGUGCUCGCACCCAGAGCUGUGUGUUUCAGCAGGACAGGAAGAUGUUCUGCUGGAAACACAGGGAUCUCGUCAGUGCAAAGGUGGUGUCUGGAGAAGGGUUUGAAGUCCCUCGGCGGGUGUACGUCGACUUCGAGGGGAUUACUUUCAGGAGAAAGUUCCUCACGGGCCUCGAGCCUGAAACCAUAAACAUGACCAUAGGCUCUUUGCAGAUUCAGAAACUUGGUGUGUUGUCAGAGCUGUCGUCUAAUGGGAGAAUGCUGUAUCCUGUCGGCUAUCAAUGUUCUCGGUUGUACUGGAGCACUGUGGACCCCCGCAGGCGCUGUAAGUACACCUGUAAGGUGACAGAAGUGAGCACGCCUCUGCCCGGUGAGGAACAGGAUCUGAGAUGGGACAAGGAGGACAAUCACACCAUCGUCCACAGUCCCAAACACCGCAGAGAUAUGGAGUCUCCAGAUCGUUUAAGCACCUCAUCCAGCCCAAUAAAGUCCACUACCCCAUCACCCAACUCUAAACUGCACAACACACCUGGAUCCAAAAGUCCUGGUUACACACAGACCAGGAGACCAGCAGGAGGAUCAUCCCGACCUCUCCCAUCACCGGGAUCCGCUGCCCCCAAAUCUCAUCACAUCCUGACACUGAGGGACCUGGAGGACACCCGUCGGCCUCGCCGGCUCUCAACGAGAAGCCGCUGUAGUUCCUCCCCAACGGACAGUGAUCCGACUGUCCAGAUGACCCUCCGCUCAGGGGGAACCGUCCACUCCAGAUGUGCGCUGUUCAACUCCCCACCAAGGUCAUCAAGCGUCGGACCAGCCUCGCCUCCUCUGUCACGACCAAACUCCACAUCACCAGUAUGGAGCUCCCCGCCUAGAUCCAACUCCAGCAUCACUGCAGGGAUGUCACCGCGGCAAGCAGUCGUCACUCACUCCCCCAAAGGGAGCUUUAAAAUCACCACGCCGGUCUCUGCCGAGGUUCCCCAAGACUUCCUGGCAUCAUCCGAGGCAGAAGACGCAGCCAUGGCCACAACCAACGGGAUCUCACUCGCCCCGGAAAUCCUGGAAGAGGAAGUUGCCCACCUGAUUUCCCAGGAGCUGCCUUAUACUGUGUUUGACACUGACACAGAGGUGGCAGUGGCCUCCCUGCUGGAUGCGAAGCUCGAGUUCGAUGAAGCUCUGCUCACGGAGAACGUGGUGCUUCACUGCGGUAGAGGAGAGGGGGAAGGCGCAGUGCAGGAUGUGGAAAUGCAGGAACAGAAUCCAGAGAAUGACUCUGAAGAUGAAGACUCAAGCCAUUACUUAAGGUUUUCCCGUACCGUGGUGUGUGAAGCAGCGAGCGGCUCGGACGCCUCAGGUCAGCUCCCCUCAGCACCGUCCAUCUCCCAGUUGGACGGAGCAGACAGCGGCUCAGAGAGCGACGAAAGCGAAGUGAGCAGCAACGAAGUGCCGCCCCUUAACAUUCUCAGCAAUGACAAAAAUAAACCAACUAAACAGCUGACCAUUGCACUAAAGAGGCUGGAGACGAUCUUCACUGUGGCACAGCCAACGGUCCAACCAGCAACAACAGAGCCAGAGAUUCAGGAACUCGCACCGCCGACUGCUCUUCUCGAGUCAGAUUACGCACAAGAUGACACUUCCCUCCAGGAGGAAGAAGUCGCCAUGAGCUCUGAGGUCGCCAUGAGCUCUGAGGUCGCCAUGAGCUCUGAGGUCGCCUUGAGCUCGGAGGUCGCCAUGAGCUCGGAGGUCGCCAUGAGCUCGGAGGUCGCCUUGAGCUCUGAAACCUCAACAGCUCUAAACGAGGAUCAAAUUUUGGAUCCAACUACAGGCCAUUUUAUUUCUGCUGACUCGAUAGUUAAUCCAAGAGCCAUUGAAGAAGACAAAGAUGACACUACCUCAUCAACUGACUCGGUUGAAGGCUAUAAAGACGAUUUAAACGACCCCGACUACUCGCCAGAAACUGAAACCAAGAAAUCUCCGAUAAUGAUGAAGACUUUUGUGAUGAAGACAAAACAUCCCCCAGCACAACUUAAACGCUUGUCGCCCAAACCAUGUCUUCCCCCGCAGCUUAACUACAAGCUUCUGUUGCCCACUCAAGCAGUAAGUAAUGCGUCUGUUUCGCCUGCUGCUGCCACCUUGUGUGCAGUCCCACGCACAGUCACAGCCCCCAUUCUAAUCAAUGGUUUAAACGCUUUACCUGUGCAGCCCGGUGCCAGACAGAGAACCUUCGCCAUCCGCCUGAACACCUCCAAACCCGGAAGUCCGCAGCAGGCGGUGGCUGUGACUCAGGCUGCAGCCACUGACUCCUCCUCGGCCUCAGCCCCGGCACCGGCCCAUCAAGUCCUGCUGGUCAACCGCCAAGGCCAGAUUCUCGUCAAAGACCCGAAAACAAACACGUACCAGUCUCUCGAUUCGAGUUCUCCUGCUUACAGUAAGAUAAGCCAGAUAGCCAAGAUUCUCCACAGUCGUAACACUUUGCAGCGCCCUGUCCCUCGUGUCAUACUAAAGCCUCGCUCCAGCCUCCCGGCCGCAAACGCCACUCCUGCCGGUAACCACACACCAACAACAACCGAGAGAAAGAUCAUCGUCAGAGUGGUGCCUGCGAAAACCAGCGUCGCUACCACAGCUGCUGUUGGAGUGCAGAGUGCCGCAGAAUGUAGUUUCUCCAACAUGGGUGAAAGCAAGGCUCAGGCCAUCAUCAACAGAGCCAUGGCGACGCACCGCGACUCGUCGAAGACAAAACCCAACAUCCUCACUCACGUUCGGCAGCCAAGUGCCAGUGAGGCGAGCGUGUCCCAGCUUCAGGACGCAGAGGAGUCGGACUCGGCUCCGGCUGCACGUUCAGAGUCGCCCGGUGGUUUGAUUUGUGAACCAGAUUUGAACUUGCAACCAGCAGCUGCCUCAUCACACCACCUGGUGAAAGUUAAGAGAGUCUCAUCAACAACUGAGAAGCUCUCGAGGAAAAAAUCCAAGAUCGACUUCUUGUCGGAUCCAUCAAGUGAGCUGGAAAAGGCCAAUGAAGCCAGCAGACUCAGUGGUGUGAGAAUGAAAGCUCCGAGCAUGAAGGACAUUCUCGAUCUAGACCAGGCGAACGUGUCUGAGCCUGAGCUGCCGAGAAUCACUGCUCCACCUCUUCACAAACCCUCCAGACAUCCUCAGGUUGACAACUCAUCCGCACAAACCAACACACAGAGCGAGGACAAGAGUAAAACACACAUGUGGGUCAGCGCUCGCCAUAGUGACCUCUCUGAAUGGGCCCCUUAUACAGGUUUCAGCUCAGACGACGAUGCUCCAGCACCUAAACACAAAAAGAGGAUGUACAUGAACCAGCCUCACCUGCGCUUUGAAAUCACCAGUGAUGAUGGAUUUAGUGUUAAAGCAAACAGCCUCGACGUCGCCUGGCGUGCAGUGAUUGACGGUGUCCUUGAAGCUCGGGCAGGCUUCCACCUGAAGCAGCUGCCUCUGGGCGGGAUGAGCGGGCCGCGGGUGCUCGGUGUCGUCCACGAUGCCGUCAUCUUCCUGCUGGAGCAACUGCAGGGGGCCACGAACUGCAAGUACCACCGCUUCCGCUUCCACCGCUGUGAUGCCAUCGAGGAAGAGCUUCCCCUCAACCCAAGUGGCUGCGCCCGAACUGAAAUCUAUACAAGGAAAGCAACGUUUGAUAUGUUCAACUUCCUGGCCUCGCAGCACAGAGAGCCCCCGGACGUCGUCGCCCCCUUCGAUGAAGAGGAGGAUGAAUUCCCACUCAAAUCUUCCCGACGAGCCACCAGCAGUGAGCUGCCCAUGGCCAUGAGGUUCAGGCACCUGGAGAAAAUAUCCAAGGAAGCAGUCGGAGUUUACAGAUCUCAAAUUCACGGGCGUGGACUCUACUGUAAGAGGAACAUCGAGGCUGGGGAGAUGGUGAUCGAGUACGCCGGCACCGUCAUCCGCUCCGUCCUGACCGAUAUGAGGGAGAAGUAUUACGACAGCAAGGGCAUCGGCUGCUACAUGUUCCGCAUCGACGACUUCGACGUGGUGGACGCCACGAUGCAGGGCAACGCGGCUCGCUUCAUCAACCACUCGUGCGAGCCCAACUGCUACUCCCGCGUCAUCAACGUGGACGGCCGCAAGCACAUCGUCAUCUUCGCCCUGAGGAAGAUCUACCGCGGCGAGGAGCUCACCUACGACUACAAGUUCCCCAUCGAGGACGAGGACAGCAAGCUGCACUGCAACUGCUCCACGAGACGCUGCCGCCGCUUCCUGAAUUAGCACGACGCCGCGCACCGAUGGUCGUCCUGUUGAAUAACGCACUUGAAUUCAGAAGGCGGACUUUGAUGAAUUGAUGAGGGCGACUGUUGUGACGCAGCCAUAAGAAGAGAGGGCGCCGAUGUGCACAGAUCUGAUCUACUGAGUCCUCACUUCAUUGGAAGCUUAAUUUAUCGACCGGGCGAGAGACCAGAUUAGAGCCAUAUGUCAAAGCUUGGGAAGAGGACUAUUUAUUCAGUUUGGUGACUGCUGGAUUGUUGCUCUCUAUUUGUUAAUUUUGUCGUUGUUCAUUUACUGUUCGAUACACCUCAGUCUUUCAAGUCUUUCCUCUGUCAUCAGAAGCCUCUGCUGGAGCUCAGGAGGUGACAACUACGAGCCCAAAACACCGGUGCAAGCUAAAACAGCCCGAUUGCAUUUAUUAGUAUUUAAAGAUGGCUCCAUUACUAUGCUGGUGACAGGGUGUCUGUAAAUAUCAGGUCUCAGAAAGGGAUGACGACUUUAAUUUAAAUCAGCACCUUAUUUUGAAAAGACCCUCUCAGGUAGCGCUGGUGUCACAGCAGACGGGACUCAUUUUAAUUUCAGAACAAAAGUCUACUCAAAGCACCUUGUGCACGUUGUAGUGCAGCUACAUUUUAACAUCACUCUGGACGCCACAGGGACGACAAUAAGGUGCUGAUGACAUUUACCCUAAGGGGAACUUUUAAUACCUUUUUCCACCUCUCAGAAACAUCUCGCUUUUAUUUGUUACGGCAGAGAUGCUUUUAUCCCCCUGAUCUGUUCUUUAUCUGUUCAUUUGUGCUGUCGAUGUAUUUAAAGGUCUAUGAGGGACUUCUCCACAGUGCAGGGGUCAAAGUUACUACAGUGAUCUUGCUCUGCUCAGUCCCUUGUGAAUCUUUUUUUUGUUUUGUAUUUUUUGUAUAUUUGAACAAUAAAUGUAUAUUAAACAAGCUAAUGGAAAUAAAUGUGUUUGAGCUUUUAACUUUGUUUUUGUAAGUGAAGGCUGACUAAUAGGAAUCAUGCAGAGUCAUGAUCCUAAGUUAAUCUUUCUUUAUUUUAUUUGUAUGUGGUUGUUUUUCACCCUGUCUCACUGGUGUUCUACCUCAAAGGUUUUAUGAAGCAAGAUUUAUUUUCAAAACAUUUGCUUCCUCAUUGUUCAGUCCUUGUAAUUAUCACGUUAUUAUAGUGUGAAAACAGCUCUAUUCACUACUAUUAAACACUGACUUAUUAUUAUGCCUGCAAUGAUUUCCUGAGUAAAGUUAUCCGCUGUUUCUUUUCCCCCCGUGUGCAUCGCCACCCGCCUGUGGCCGUAGAAGCUGAACCCAGUAGAUGUUUGUUUCGUUUUCUUAGGAUAAACAAUUGAAUUUGAAACAAAGCUCUGUCACAAUGGAUUUUUGAUUGUAUAAAGUUGUAUAAAGAAUUUCUAAAACCUGUAAAAUAUUUUUUAUAUACACUUUUUUAAUUUAUGUUCAAUAAAGAUUUAAAAUGUUAA